UCAACCAUGACUUCAAAGCUUUCCCCCUUCGCAACGAUCUUUGACCGGCAAUCGGUCCAGUUAUUAAAAUAGGGUAGUCCAGAGCCCGCGCGACGAUGGAUGCGAUGUUGUUGUAAACAAGGUUGAUGUUUACGCGGGGCGCCGGGGCGAUCAUCUUUUUACAAUGCUGUGCAGCGAAGAAAACGAUGAUGAAGGCCAAAGUCUAUCGUCCACAUGACGUCCGACCACAGACACGGUGCGUGGCUGGUUGGUGGACCGCUCCACCAUACUCUACGUCCUGAGUCGUCCUGAUGAUGUCACUGUCUCCGACCCUUGUAAUCUCGGCCAAGAAUGUAACAUGGGGGGGUUCUUGGAAAUUUGACCGUUUGAGAAGAGACAUUUAAGCUGAUAACCAGCAGUGACUGGACACUUUUAUGUUACUAGACACGAUGAGGCACUCAAUUUCAGUUGAUACCACGUGCAACCUAAUCGAAUUGUUCGUGUAAUGAAAGUGGCAUUGUCAAAGGCUGGAGUACGAUAAGACAAAUUGAGAAUCAGGAAAAGGCCUAGUUGAAGAGCUAAGUGAAAGGUUUGAUAUGAUUCCGUCUAAAGAUUUAUUUUUUAUUUUUCAACAAACUUAACAAAAAAAAACAAUCAGUCUAGAUUUCAAUGGAGGGUUAACAGCCAACCUGUUGUGAAAAAGAAACCCCCUUUCUUGACCUUUGCCAAAGCUUUAAUUUCUACGCUAGCAACCAAAAGUGACACCGAUUACGAGAGCGAUUACGCCCAACUAAACAAUAAACGGUUCUUUUUCGUAGUCCCACACAUGUGUACACGAGGCCAGUUAAAUCCCGCCAACGUCACCGCGUGUCGUGAGAAUGUCCCCAGCUUGUCCAGCAUCCCGUGAAAUUAAACCACGCAUCAUCCCAAGAAGUUGUGCUUCCUGUUGCGGCAACCGAGUCGUCACCGAGAGGCUUCUCCCCCGGCCAGAUUAGCAAUCAAAGCUUAGAUAAUCCGUCACGCUUCCCCGGCAGCGGUGACCAGCGUAACCGUAAUGCCUUUCUCUGUGUCACCGGAUAUUAACGGGGAGGGUCGACUUUCAACGUGUAUUUAUUUGUGCUUCGCGGCCGUGCUGAUUACCGCGUCACAGGGCCAACCAACCCGGCCCGACCAGCGACAACAACAACAGCCAGGGGUGACCAGCAAUUACAGUAGCAAUGCCCUCGCCCGGCCACAGAUCAAGAAGGACGUGUUCAUGUCCCGGGGUUGGGGAGCCGCCGGCAUGCCCUUCAACAUGGUUUACCUGAACCACUACACGAAGGCGCACAAGGCCUACGCCCAGAACCUGCAGCUGCAGCAGCAACAGCAGGAGCAACUUCGCCAGCGCGAGGCCGACCAGAUUCGAUUGCGAUCCGGCGGGGUGAUUCGCGAGCAGGGCCUGGACCAGCCGAGAACGCUGCCGUACGGAACUCGAUACGCUGAUGCCGUCGUCGCUUCGGAACCCCAAACGAACGCCCAACAGAGUGAAUUUGGCAACGGCCAGCGGGAGGACGAGUACGCCGACAGUGGCGUGUACCUUUCGGCCAAACCCAGCUCACCGCGGCGGCAGUACAACGUGCCCCAGCUGUUUGUGUCGUACGGUUGGGGUCCGAUGGGUUAGACUGCUUGCCGUUGCUGCUGCUGCUGCCGUCUGCACUAGGAUUAGUUUCUAUUUAUUGCAAUGACCUUUAAUUCCCUCUCACUCCCACCACACUCAAGUUAAUCAAUGUUUCGUGUGUAGGCCCCCAAAAGCGCCCUGUCCAGCCCAGGUCAGCCGGUGCCACUAUUACUGUGUACUAUACCAAACACA